CUUGAAUGACAUCCUGGAGAACAAAGACACGGUACUMGCUCGCAUGGCUGGUAUCGUUGGACGAUGGUUACAAAGCAGACUCCGUAUUUCCGAAGAGCAUGUAUCUAUUGGGUCAAUGUUCUCGCUCAUCAUUUCAGUAGAUGCUUUUAUCGUCUUAGCCGCAGCGCUUUUGACGGGAUACGUAGGUAUAAAUGGCCUUAUCCGAAGAAUGAGCAUGGAUCGAUGUCUCCCCCAGUUCUUCCUGAUAUCAAAUCCAUGGACGGGUACAGACUCGUUCAUUUUGGUGGGGUUCUUCUUACUCUGUGUCUCCCAAGUAAUAUUGCUAGAUUCUGAUGUUGAGGCAUUGGGUGGUGUCUACUGUUAYGCCUUUUUGACCGUCAUGACGUGAGUAACUCCCUCUCGCUUAGCCUUGUGCUACUCCAUUGAAGAAUCGGCCUGAUUGCAAUGACAUAAUUAUAUCUCAGAUCUCUGUUUUUAUUCUUUUCCAAAUACUUAUCCAAUCCAACAGCAUCUUUGCGUUAGGAAAUGUUUUGCUCAAAAUCAAGAGACCAUCAUUGCCGCGUGAGAUAACAACCUCUUGGUUUCAAUCUAUCCUUGGUCUAAUUGCAGUGRUGACUGCCCUCCUUGGGAACGUCCUCGGAAAACCAGAAUUGUUGACCUAUUUUUUSGUGUACUUUCUGAUUGUUGGUACAUUAGUGUUCAUAAUGUUUCAACGAGUUCAGAUUGUGCGACUGCUCUACAAAGUAUUCAAAUCCUUUCACAAACCUCAAGAUUGUGAUGUUGAAGAGUCAUCCGACUCGGAAGGGACUGAGGACGAGUCCCUUCUCUCCAGAAAAUUAAGAACUGUAUCUUCACGUAUAAAUGAGGAAGAAGAGGGGAUGAUGUCUGGUCUUGUCCCCGAGCCUCCUGGARGUUACGAGUCAUGUCUGGAACGCAUCGCAAACACUGUGAAGAAGUUUCAAGACACCCCCUUUAUCUUCUUCAUGAAACACGAUGAUUUGCAUAUGGCAAACAAGGCAGUUCUUUACAUUCAGAAGAAUGAACAAACGAACAAGAUCAUUUUCGUSCAUUGCGCUUUUACAACAGAAGGGGGGCUCAAAAAGAACACCGAAGRCCUACAGGAGCACGUGAAAUUGUUAGAUCUUCUUUACCCCCGAGUGAAAAUAAGUUUACUUGUAGUAAAUAGCAACUUCAAUGCAACCACGGUKCAAUGGCUCAGUCGAACGCUGGAGAUUCCCACCAAUGCUAUGUUUAUCAGUUGUCCCGAUGAAAAUUUCAGUAUCAAGAAGAGUCAGCUUCAAGGCAUCCGAAUCAUCACCAGCAGUGACUAGUAUUACGUUCUGCGAAUAGUGGGGAUAUUUUAAAAGAUUUAUUGAAAAGUAUUGUAACUCAUUCCUGGCACGAGCAAAGGAGAUUUUUUUGCGUUACAUUCUUUUAUGUUGCAUCAAUACAAGAAUCCUUAAAGUUAUUCUUUGUGAGUAUAUCGAGCGCAAAUUGAUGCAUCCAUUYUGUUUUCGUUAACCAACUUCCUGUUCAAUAUUUCGUACGUCGGACACCCGUUGUAUCAUUGCGUUGCGUCGAAAGCCUUUAUGCCCACAAAAAAUAAAAAAWUUAUCGACUCUACUCAGUAGAAGACCAAUCGACAUCCACUUAGAAUCGUCCCCUCUUUCGAUCCAGAGCAGAAGAAUCGCCGGUUCCGAACUUUCCUGCGUCUCUCUCUCUCAUUUCAUCGAAAGCUUCUUCGCCUCCCUGCAGUGCGAGGGGCAAGAGAGCAGURCCAACGGCAAAAAGACCACCAAGCCAUGCAACUGAGAUGGGAGCAGAAACGGCUCCGUAUUCGUAGUCAUCGACUUCCUCUGCCAACGCGAUCAAGGGAGAUGUAGAAAUCACAACAGCGGCGGUCGUGGCAAAUUUGCUCAUCUUGUCGACCAAAUCUGUUUUGGGAGCAGAAUUCGAAGGCUGCUGGAGGGGAGCAAAAGCGGACACCGUUUGAAGUGCGAAGAGCCCAGCGAGUACCGUGAAGAGGAUAGAGUGACGAGCCAUUUUUGUUGAUAAAUAAAAUAUUUCUUUUUUU